AUGUCACCUUCCGUCGAAGUCACCCCUGCACACACACCCACCUCGUACGAGGUGACCAACUCGCUAGACAGCUAUCGGGGCUAUGACCACGUCCACUGGUACGUUGGUAAUGCCAAGCAGGCCGCCUCCUUCUACAUCACCCGAAUGGGAUUCUCUCCCAUCGCCUACAAGGGUCUUGAGACUGGCUCUCGAGACGUGACCACCCAUGUCGUGGGCAACGGCCAGGUCAGAUUUGCAUUCUCGUCUGCCCUGAGAACCGGAGAGCCCCAAGCCGACGAGAUCCACGCCCAUCUGGUCAAGCACGGUGACGCCGUCAAGGAUGUGGCCUUUGAGGUCGACAAUGUGGAGCAGCUUUUCUCUGCUGCUGUCAAGAAGGGCGUCCGAGUGAUUUCCGAGCCCAAGGUGCUCAAGGACGCACAUGGCUCCGUCACCUACGCCGUCAUCUCUACCUACGGAGAUACCACUCACACUCUGAUUGAGCGAGGCAGCUACGAGGGCGCCUUUCUUCCCGGAUUUGUCGACACCUCCGCCAACAAGGACCCCAUCGCGGCCUUCCUGCCCAACAUUGAGCUCAUGCACAUCGACCACUGCGUUGGAAACCAGGAUUGGAACGAGAUGGAUAACGCAUGCAAGUACUACGAGGAGACUCUGGGCUUCCACCGGUUCUGGUCGGUCGACGAUAAGGACAUUUGCACCGAGUUCUCUGCUCUCAAGUCCGUGGUCAUGGCCUCACCCAACGAGAAGAUCAAGAUGCCCGUCAACGAGCCGGCCGUGGGCAAGAAAAAGUCCCAGAUUGAGGAGUACAUUGACUUUUACGACGGCCCCGGUAUCCAGCACAUUGCUCUGCGGACCGACUGUAUCCUGGACACCGUCCGAGAUCUGCGGGCUCGUGGCGUGGAGUUCAUUUCGGUCCCUGGAUCUUACUACGAGAACAUGAAGGAGCGGCUGGCAAAGUCAUCUCUGAAGCUCGAGGAGAAGUUUGAGGAUAUCCAGGCGCUCAACAUUCUGAUUGAUUUCGACGAGGGCGGAUAUCUGCUGCAGCUGUUCACCAAGCCUUUGAUGGACCGGCCCACCGUGUUCAUUGAGAUCAUCCAGCGACGAAACUUUGAGGGUUUUGGCGCCGGCAACUUCAAGUCUCUGUUUGAGGCCAUUGAGCGGGAGCAGGCCAAGCGAGGCAACCUUUAG